AUGACUUGUCCCCUCCUAAUUACUUCCAACGGUCUCGUUGAUAAUAAAAUCUUCGCUGAUCAAUUUCAAAUGACAACAAUCUGGAACAGUAUUUUGGUAAGAAAACCCCUUUCAAUUACAAUAGUGUUAGUGGUGUCGAAAUCAACACUUUAAAUAUGGUAAGAUGCAGAUAGGGUUUAUUUUAGACGUGAAAGGCGCCACAAGCAUUAAUACUAAUAGCUAUUUUAAAAUUUAAAGCGUAAAUUAUCUUUUUAAUAGAUAUCUUUAUUUUAGGGGCAUUGGAGGAUACUAUUUGUACAACUCCCUUUUUUUUAAAAUUAAGACAUAACUACGUAUUAAUUCCCUUAUCAAACUGUGUUACAUAAGCUAUUUAAUAUUGGUUAAAGCUUAAGUUGUUCUGACUUUUACAUAUUUAUUUACAUUCUAAUUAUUUAAGGUAGAUCUUUUUUCUUUCUUUAAAAAAAUAAUUAAUAUCCUGAAUCCUAUAUUUUUUUUAUCAUUCUGCUUGGGUUUACCAGUCAAAGGAAAGCUUUUUAAACCAAGAUAUUUUGUUCGUUGUGUUGAUGGCAGAACCAAAGCGUGACCUUUAGAGGCCCCCUGCAAUUUUUCACUAUUUAAAAUUUAGCUAUUUAGCACUAUUAAAAUAUAGUAUUUUCAUUUCUUUUUUCCGCAUCACAGCUUUGGGUCCCUUUAACAUCAAAGGCCCCCUAGGCGGCAGGGGAUGCAGGGCUUGAGCGAUGGCUCUGACUGAUUCAGCAAAUGUUGUAAUUUUGAACAGCAACUUGAUCUAACUCAGAGACGUUUGCUUGCUGUUAACAUUUUGUUUAACAGUGUAUUUUUUUAUCUAUACUACUUGUCGCUUUAGCAGAACCACUUGUCACAAUGCAAAUAAAUCAACCUUUUUAAUCAUUUUCUUACACCAUUACAUGUAAUGAAAUAAGAUAUAAAUCUUUGUUGUUAAAUGUGUUAACUAUUAACAUGAAUUCCUGUCUUCAAGAUCAUACACAAAUUUUACCCCCAAAAUAUUUACUAUACAGACUAUUUUCCAAGACUUAGAAAUAUACAUUGCUUUAUGUUUGAUCAUAUGUGGAGCAAGUCUCAAGCUUCAUCAAACAAGAGCAGGCAGGGGCAAGAAGGCCUUAGAAAGGGUAUUUACAUUUUUAGCAAUACAAAAAUAUUGUCUGACCAUUUUGCCUAACUAAGUGUGAUAAAAAAAGUUUUUAAAAAAUGAUUUUAUGUUGGAACUAAAUAACUUUUAGGACUUGAGAGACACUUUUAAUAUUUAAACAACUAUCUAUUCAAUCCUUAACGAAGAUAACAAGAUCCUGUGUGAUUAAAAGAGUUGGUAAUAUUUAAUUUUAUUUCCACAGCCAAAAGAUGAGGCCACAUUCUUCAAUGAUCUAUUACUCAAUCAGGCCCUUGGGUAAACAAAAAAAUAAUAUAAAAACUAAUAGAUCUAAAUCACAUUAUUAUUGACAAAUAAGCAGCAACUGCUCCAAAAGAAAAAUUCUUUUUUUAAAUUAUUACUCUAUUAAAAGAAAUGUACAUUCUAUCAACAGGCUUGUCAAAAUUGGAUUCUGUAGAAAGUUAACAGAAAAUGAUGUCCCUAAAGUAAGUCCCUGGGAGAGGUGUAAAACUAUUUAUUCAGCUUUUGUUGAAAACUGGCAAAAAGAGCAUCAGAAAACUCCAAUGAAUAAAAGGUAGCUUAAAAGAAAGUUUAUAUUUUGUGAAUUAAUAUCCCUUUUGCAAGAAUAUUUUUGUUAUCCUCAACCAACUAUGUCAAAUACAUUUUUAUUAAAAUAGGAUGUAAACCUUGAACAAAAUAAAUCAAAUAUUAAGGUGUGGAGAAAAAGCCCCAUCUGAAAGUAAAUAAAAAUAAAUCUGUCUUUUAAAUGCACCCAUAAUCACCAGAUUUGAUUUGUGUCCCCUUUUUUAUGUGUCCCCCUUUUAUGUGUCCUCCUUUUUAUAUGUCCUCCUUAUUGUAAUGAUAUCCAACAUAUUUACUACACAAAUCUUCACAAGUCUGUCUCAACCCUGGUAGAUGUUGUUCAUUAAUAUAUAUUUUGUAAAAAAAUAUUUGAUAUUCAAAUAGCAACCGUUAGUUUUGAUUUUCUUAUUUUAACACAGAGAACUCAUUAGAGAUGCAGUGGAGAAAAAUCAAGAAAAUUCUAAAACCACA